CACUCGCACAAUCUCAUCCCUCAGUACAACGAAUUAGACUCUUGUUGUUGUCAGGCAUGCUGACGCCUUCCUCAACUUUAACGACAAACUCUGCUCUGUGACAUUAAAAUCUACAGAAUAUAAAUGGAUAAAAGCGAGGAUGAAGUGGAGGAGGAUGAAAACGAGUGGAAGAGUAGUUACGUGGAUUCAUUCCCACUAAGCCCCGCUCCUGCUUCUGUUUCAGGUUCAAGCUUCAAUAAGCCCGCAGGAUCAACAUCUGCACACAAAGUCAUUUUGCAUUUUGACCUGGACUGCUUCUAUGCUCAGGUGGAAAUGAUCCGAAACCCAGCACUGAGAGAAGUCCCUUUAGGUAUUCAACAGAAAUACAUCAUAGUCACGUGUAACUAUGUAGCAAGGGAGCUGGGUGUCACCAAGCUGAUGUCUGUGACUGCUGCUAAAGAAAAAUGUCCUCAGCUGGUGCUGGUUAAAGGAGAGGACCUGACACACUACAGAGAAAUUUCCUACAAAUUGACAGAGCUGCUGAUGUCCUACUGCCCACUGGUGGAGAGGCUGGGAUUUGAUGAAAACUUCAUGGACAUUACGUCGAUAGUAGACAGAAGGCUUGCACAGAUGUCAGAGACUAAUAAAUUCUCAUUCAAAGGACAUGUCUACAACCGCUUGAAUGCAGAGGUUGACGCCAGUGAUCAUCCAAAGUUGGCUUUGGGUUCAGAAAUUGCAGCCGAGCUGAGAGAGGUCAUACGCAGCAAACUGGGCCUGACUGGCUGUGCAGGUAUCGCCACGAAUAAGCUACUGGCAAAACUGGUGUCAGGUACCUUCAAACCUAAUCAGCAAACCACCCUCCUGCCAGAAAAGAUCAGCGACAUCAUGGGCUGCCUGAGCAGUCUCCGUAAAGUACCAGGUGUUGGACACCAAACUGCUAAGAGACUUUUAGCCCUGGGAGUGGUCAGUGUGCAAGACCUGCAGCUCUUUCCUUUAAAUGAACUGGUUAGAGAGUUUGGUGCUCCCAGUGCUCAGCGGUUGAAGAAUCUGUCCCUGGGUGUUGAUGACUCACCUGUCACCGCAACUGGGGCCCCUCAGUCUCUCAGUGAUGAAGACUCCUUCAAGAAAAUGUCAUCAACCAAAGAAGUUUUGGAAAAGAUAGAAGAACUCCUGAGCAGUCUGUUGGAGAGGAUGCACAAAGAUGGAAGACAGCCUCAAACCUUCCGGCUCACCAUUCGUAAAUACACAGCAACCAACAAGUGGUUCAGUCGGGAGAGCCGGCAGUGUCCCAUCCCAAACCACAUUGGACAGAAGAUCAGCUCAGGCUGCAGUGAUGAUGCUGUAGUCCAGCUGGUCCCGUUGGCCAUGAAGCUCUUCCACAAGAUGGUGGACAGCAGCGCUGCCUUCCACCUCACCCUCAUAAAUGUUUGCUUUAGUAACCUGCAGACCAGAGGAGCUGCCACCAGUGGGAAGGGCUCCAUAACAUCUUUCUUCGCACACAACACGUCUCCCAGAAAAACACAGAUCUGCUCAUCACAAACCCAGGAUGACUCCUCUCAGGCUGGAGAUUGUCUCUGCACAGAUCAUCAGUUCAUUACUCAAGACACCUCACAAAAGACAGAGACUAUGAAAAGCCCCGGUAGCUCUGGGGCAGCAUUACAUGGUUACAAAAGAAAACAGAGCUCUGUUGUUGCUGCAGAGGGUCCUCUUCCUCUGAAAGUUUCCUGCAGCACAGCAAGGUCAGACUGUGAUGAAACAAACAGCACGAUGACACAUCGAUUGCCCCCAAAUGUUGACCCUGAAGUGUUCAGGCUUCUCCCUGCAGAAAUCCAAAAGGAGUUGUUAUCUCCUGACUACACAAAAUCUCUCACCAACACUCCAUCAAGCUCGGUCACAGUAGCUGAAGUCUCCCACUCAACAGAAAACAAGACUUUGCUUUUAUUUAAAGGCUCCCAAAAAAUCAAGGACAUAAAAGAGGCUGAGGACAAAUUUGAUCCAUCUGACUCACCUACCUCUGUGAAUCACCAGAGUCCUCUGGGCCAAAGCUUAUUUCAAGAAGAAGACGUCAUGGAAGAAGAGAGACCGUCAUUCCCUCUGUCUCCUGACUGCAAGUUCCCGGGAAAUGUGGACCCCAAGGUGUUUUCUGAGCUUCCUCCGGAUGUUCAGAGAGAGCUGCAGGAUGAAUGGAAGCAACAGAGGCCGGUCCUAAAGAUGCCUUCAUUCAGGAAACCAGGGAAAAGCUUGAUGACAAAAGACAGAAAAGCUGCAGGAAAAAGCAAGCAGACAAACAAUCUGUUCAAGUAUUUCAAACCCAAUUAGACACUUCAUUUGUUUCAUAAUUUAUCUUAAAGAAGAUCUUUCAUUUCUCAUGUCUGAGUUGUUCUCAUGUGAUCCAUACAGUAGGAAAAAAGGAUACAAGAUCCAUCUAUUCAUAAUAUUGAAUGCCCUUUAAAAUAUCAGGUGAUUAAAUACCCUGUAAUUUACACUGAUCAGCUGUAACAUUAUGACUGCCUGCCUAGGAUUGUGUAGGCCCUCCUUUCAUCAGGUCAAGGCCAGAUGAGACAUGGACCCCAAUAGACCUCUAGAGAUGUGCUGUGUUACCUGGCACCAAUAAGUCAGAAACGAAUCAAGUCCUGUAAGGUGCGAAUUGGGGCCUCCAUGGAUCAGACUUGGCUGUCUGAACAUCCAAAGGAUGCUGUAUUGGGUUGAGAUCUGGGAAAGAUAGAGAGAAAGUUAACACAGCCAUGUUCCUCCAGGCCACCUUCUUCCAUCACUCCAUGGUCCACUGCUGAUGCUCAUGUGCCCAUCAUCAGCGGUGGACAGGGGUCAGCAUGGGCAUCCUGGCAGGUCUGAGUCCAGUCUACCCAAACCUAAGAAACUGUGAUGCACUGUUUGUUCUGACACCUUUCUGUCACAAACAGCAUUAACGGGCCUGCCUUCGUCCUCAACGCACACUAGUAGCCCUUGCCUGCCCAUGUCCUCGUCCCUGGUUCACCGGUUUUCCUUCCUUGACCACUUUAGGUCUGUACUGACCCCUGCAGACUGAGAAAACUCCUCAAGAGCUGCAGUUUUCAAGGUGCUCUGACCUCAUUAUUAUGUAGCCAUCACAAUUUGGCUCCAGUGAAAGUCGCUCACUUCCUUACACUCGCCUAUUUUUCCUGCUUCUUAACAAAUUCAAGGAAAAACUCUUCACUCGCUGCUUAACAUAGACAGAUUCUGUUGUAUCAAAAUCACCAAUGAUAUUCACUUUACCUAUUAGUGUUCAAAAUGUUAUGGCUGAUUGGUGUAUUUAAUUUAUGAUUGGGCUUAUUUAUGUGUCUGAAAAUCUUAUUAUGUCCUGUUCUUGUUGUUUUAUCAGAUAACACAUUUUCAGCAAGUUUCAUGACACCUGUUUUCCAACAAACUUUGUCCUCCCCUCUAUGUUCUUGUUGGUUUCCUUUUUUGAAUAAACAGCACUUUGUUAUUAAGAUGAAAA